AUGGUCCUGAUAAAUUGUUAUUUAAUUUUCCUGAUCAUUCAAAAUUGUUAUGCCGAAAUCCUACAACAACAUCCACUGCCACCACUGCAUCCAUUUAGACCGGUCUGGUUUUCAGAACCACCGCCACCACCUCCGCCAUGUCCACUGCAUGCCUUUCCACUGAUAAAACAUAUAGAGCAGGGUCCUCCUCCAGCACCACAUGUCGUAGAAGAGGUAAAACCUCCUCAGAAGUCCACUCCAAUUGAUUUCAAAAAACCCUUUUUGGAUAUCGAAAUCGAAGUUGAACGGAAUAUUUAUGUUGUGCAAGAUCCCAUAGCAGGAGGUAUUUUCAUUCUCCACGGCCAUGAAUUAUUUCAAAUGUUUUUGGGCCAUGAAGAUAAACGUAUCAGUUUAAUGGGCUAUUUGGGGGGAAAUGUUGAAAUUACGGAACCUUUGGGUGCCGAGAUUAUAUCCUGGAAAGGAUACUAUUUAUUGGCUGUGGUCUUGGAUGAAUAUUUGGAGAUAUAUCAGAUACCAAAGGUCAUUAUUGAAAAUCGUGCAAAAUUGUUGAAGAAAUCUCAACAGAAUAUGGGAGAGUCUCCGGUUUUCGAAGCUGUUCAACAAUUAACGUUACAUGGGCGAUUUCAAAAACAAUUUUUAAUUUCCACGGAGGAUAAUGAAAUUAUGCUGAUUGCCUCAACAACAUCAACAAAACUUAAUGGGAAAAUUAGAACCUUUAAAUGGAAGGAGGAUAGUUUUGAAUCAAUCCAGGAAAUUACCACACCCUUAUUAAACCUGAUAAAUGGUAUUGGCUCUCAAAGAAAAUAUCUUAUUACUGGCAGGUCCAUUAAACAGCAAACCAAGACGAUGAUCAAUAUUUAUGAAAUCGAACCGACUUUCUUGCAACUAAAAUUGAGACAAACCUUAAUGGUGGAUUCUCAAGUGGUUCACAGCGCAACGUUCCAGGGCCACAACCUAAUUUUGAUGUGUUCCAAAAAACCUCCCAAAUGUUUUAAAUAUUACCAAAAUCGCAAUGGAGAUUUUGAAAUCUCCAAACAGGGUUCGCCGGAAAAGUUACCCUUUGACCAUUUCAAGUCGAAUGCGGAUUUCAUAUUGUCCUCGUAUCAAAAUCGCGUUAUGAUAUUCACCGAUCAUUAUUUAGAUUGUUAUGGAAGUUUCACCUCGGAUAUAGAGACAAUUUCGGGAUUGAUGGCCUACAAGGGACCUCGUGGAGAAAGGUAUAUUUUGUUGUUGUUUAAAACACCAUUUAAAUUGUUGCUGCGAACCGUGGAAAUUGAGUUGGGUGAAAAAUUCCGAAUGCCUCGGGCCAGUGGAGAAAAUGAACCCAGACAACUACUGGUAUCCCUGACGGAACAGCUCAGAAGUUUCCUACCCGAACGUAGAGAAAAUAUAUUCCGAGAUUUCUUUAAUCCACAGCGACGAACGAACUCCGAGCCGAAUAUCUAUCAACGAAUCUCGGAUAUGUUUUCAUCCUCCGCAAGAAGUGAACAAGCGGAAGAGAGGUCGUCAAACCCUAUUACGGAUAUUUUGAAUCGUUUCACACGAGUGAGGGGUUCAAGACCAAGACAGCAGCAAAGAGCUGGUUCUAUACCCAGUAUUAUUAGGGAUAUGAUGGGCAUGGUACAGCAGUCAAGUCCAAGAGAAAGGACACAAUCUUCAGGUGGUUCCAUUAGUAAUUUAUUUCGUUCAAUAACUGGUGCCAUUAGACCCAGAAGGACGGCGCAAAUGGCCAGACCUCUCAGCUGGAAUUCGGGGAAGGUUAAGAAAAUAGAAAUUCUCAAUCCGAAGUUAAGAAGUCCUCAAGAGAUAAUGGCCAGAGUUCAGGAAAUCAAAGACACAUAUUUACAGGGCAAAGGAAUUCUGCGAGAAACACGAGCCGAUAACAAAGGUCCCUUAUCGAUAACAUUGGAUGUGGGGAAACAUAUCAAAGCGAAGAAGGUGAAGGUGCAGAAUUUAAUCUAUUCGGGAGAGGUUAUGAAAGGCUUUUUUCACAACAAGACCUCCCACACACUUCGUAUAGAGCCGAGGAUCAAAACCCAACAGCUAAAUGUUACCGAAAUUGUGCAACCCUCAAAUGUCAGGGGUACACGACAAUUUGUGCCAGAUUUAUAUUAUGGACUAACACCAUCGAUUCGUGCAAAACAUUUGCGAGUCGAGGCAAUAAAUGGUGUUCCGUGGUCGGAAUUUUAUGAAUCGAUAUUUUUGAAAAAUCGUGAUGCAGAAAUCCAGGGGAAUUUGGUAUUUGAAUCGGCGAUGGUGGAGGUUCAACAUUUAAAAACCACAAAACUGAAUCAUUUUGUGGUGGAUCAGCUUUUCAAUAUGCGACAGCCUCAGGUUGUAAAUUCUCAAAUUUCGAUAUCGAGAUUUUUUGUGCGAGAACUGGAAGCUGAGACUGUGAACGGCUUGAAAUUUGAGGAAGAUAUUGUCUUCAGCGGUAGAGAUGUCUAUGUGGAAACUCCCGUUACCAUGCACCACUUGAGCAUAUCCGGCGACCUAAUUGUAGCGGAUAAAAAAAUCGAACGCCAAAAUCCCGAUGAAAUGGAAUUUAAACAAUUCUAUACAAAAAAGGUGAUAAUUAAUGGAACUUUGGUAUUGGCGAAUGUAAGGCGGGACAAGAAGAACGAAAGUAAAAUCAUUAUUGGCGGGGAAGAAUUCAACGAAGAGGCAAUUAGGGAAAAUUAUUUAUUGAGGAGCGAGGAACAGAAUUUCAAAUUUCCAGUAAUAUUUGAUAAUGGUAAAGUGGUGGCGCCCAACUUGCAGACAAGUUAUUUAAAUGAUCACCUCACCGAGGAACAUUUGUUGGUGAAUAAGGUAAAUGCCUCGAAGCCUUUGCUGUUGGUUUUUAUGAAAGCUGAGGUACCCGGUGAUGUUGUGUGCCGUGAUUAUAAAUCCAAAUUGGCUGAGAUUGCGGAGAAUAUUAUACGGCCAGGAGAUGUGGCUUUGUUGGUGGGGAAGAAACACUUCAGCGCACCCUUGGCCACAGAUGAAUUGGUGACCUCGAAGCUAAAUGAAAUUCCCGUUGAUGAUUUGGUAUUUAAACCGGAAUUGGUAACCGCUGUGAAAUUUCAAGAUCUCAAGGUCUUCCAAAAAAUUAUUGUGCGUAAUCCUUGCUUUGUCGAAAAGGGUAUUGAGGCAAUGAAUUUGAAUAAUUUACCCUUGGAAGAUUUGCUGAAUUAUGAUUAUCAUAUGGAUUAUAUAUCGGUCUCGUAUACCCUAAUGGCUUCGAAUAUUGUGUUCCAUAAAAUCAAUGGCAUACCCUUCGAUGAUUUCUUUACGAAGUUGAAUGUUGAAAAAGAUCAGCUGAUUUUGCGUAAGGACCUAAUUGUGGAGGGUAAUGUGUUGUUUGCGGAACCCUUGGAAUUGAAAUAUAUUAACGAAUUGGAAUGGAAUACGUAUGUUGGGAAUUUGGUGCGUAGUCAUGAAUCAGCUGUUAUCGAGGGGAACAUAUGUUUUGUGUCCGAUUUAAUUAUACAAGAAGAGCUAUCCGCCGCUGAGGUUAAUAAUUACGAUUUACAAAAUAUUUUCAAUAAUAUUUUGCUUAAAAGUAAACCUCAGCUUAUAACGGGUCAGUACACCUUUAAUAAUGUGCAAUUAUCGAAUGUGGAUGUGUUAUCGAUAAAUAACAAGGAUGUCAGAGAGUUUGUUUAUUUGUCUAAGGAACAUACGGAAUUUAAGGGUGAUAUUGUGGCGCCCAAGGUUGUGGUGAGGGGCAAUUUAAAAGCUCCGCUGAAGGAGAAUUUUAAUUUUGUAAAUCUAUCCCAAAAACUGGAGAAUAUUAGCAAAAGAAAAUGGCGUAAUGUAAAGGUUAUGAAACAUUUGAAAUGGAGCGCAAUGCGAUCGAUAAUGAUAAAUACCGAUUAUGAGUUAUUGCGAUAUUUAUAUAAAUAUGCCGUGAAAUCUAAUCAGGAUCAGGUUAUAAGUGGUAAUGUUAAAUUGGUGUAUCCAAUUAUCGAUAACAUGAAAACACGUUUGGCAUUUCCCACAAAUGUGGAUUUGGAAUUUAUCGAUAAAGAUGCUUUGGAUAGGAAUGCCAAUGAAAGCCAAACUAUAAACGGUAUGAAGUCAUUCCUGCAGCCAGUUUUUAUGGAACAAAUGGUGGCCUUGGGAAAUAUUAAUUCUCAUAUGGUAAAUAAUAUCGAUAUUUUAUUGUUGAAUACUUCGCUAUAUCGUUUAUCGAGUAAAUUGCCCUUAAAAGGGCCUUUAAAGUUUGCGGAACCUUUAAAUAUAGGCCAUAUGUCUCUUAGGGGCUUAUUAAAUGGCAUAAACACCUCGGGUAUUUUUGAAUUGAAGAAUAACCACACCCUACCCCCCAUAAUGGCCAAACAAUUAUUUAUCGAUAACAGUGUUUGGCUAAAGAAAAUCAAUCACAUGGAUAUGGAAUAUUUUUUGGAACAAAGAAUACCUCUGCACGGUCCCGCAUUGGAGGUAUUUGGUUUUUUGACAUUUGAAAAUUUAAUUAUUAAAAAUGCAGCUCUGUUGCAAAGUAUCAACGGCAUUGCUAUCGAUAAUAUGGUUUUUCGCCAUAGUCCACAUUUACAAACCAUCACGGGUCAUAAAAGUGUCAGUGCCUAUUUGGAGUUGGCUGGUCCAGCUCAUAUUAUGCAUUUAAAUGGUAAAGAUUUAAUGGAAAUUUAUCGUAACUCUUUGUUCCGGAAUCGUAAUUAUCAAUUCGAUAAUUUAGUUAUCGAUAGGGUGACAUUUGAAAAAGGGGUGAACAUUUUAAAUCCCCAAAGCAAACAGAGGUCAUUUGAUGACACCAACAAUACAAAUUUCGAAGUAGAAGUUGAUUUCCAAGACUUUUUAAAAGUUAUCGAUAACAAAUUGCAGAUCAAUUCCGGAGAUAUUUUGUAUUUAGAUUAUGAUAUAAAAACGCAUAUCAAAUGGCAAAAAUCGAAUGACACAGAGAACAAAGAAGGGGAUAUUUUAAAAGAAAUUUCCCGCCUGUCCUGUUGUGAAAAGGAAUUUUUAAAAAUCUCCCUUCCCCCGAAGGGGAAACAUGAAAUACAUUUAGAAAACAUAACCUCAAAUUGUUUAUCGGCCUAUCAAAAUAAUGUGGCUGUAAAGGUGGAAAAUUAUUGCAAAUUAAAAUAUGGUAAAGUGAAAUCGAAAAUAACAAUAAGUGCUGCCAAAUUAUUUAAAGUUUUUGGCAUGAAACGAUAUGUAGAAUCGAUAAAUAUUAUGUCAACCAAAACGAUAAAUCCCCCACAAGAAGAAUUUAUCAUUCUACAUGGUCUGGAUUUACCCAGUCGUAAACGUAACGAAGUGCGUAUAUUUAAAAUCGAUUAUCGCAAUAAUACCAUCAACGAUUGGCAGGGGUUGAUCACAAAUAUUGGAGAUCAGCUGAUGGUUUUUCACACCUACCAGAAAACACUCUUACUCACAAAUGGUCGGGUUAAUAAUCAUCCCGCCUUGACGAUAUAUCAUUUUGAUGAAACUCCACAGAAGUUUAAAUUUCAGCAAAUUAUCGAUGGUGAUUAUGAUAUUAUCGAAAUAUUAGAAUUUAAUAAUCGUACAUCACAUCAGCUGAUACUUAGCUGUCAAAAAUGUCAUAAAAUUUAUAUUUAUGAACCCUCAGCCGGAGAAAAUUCUUUCCAUUAUCAAAUAUUCCAAAUUUUGUCACUGAAAUCUCCAAUUUUCAAAGCCUUUACAUUUACGAUAAAAACCGAUAAUUAUCUUAUGGUUAUAUUAGAUGGUCAAGAUAAGUCAUAUUAUCAUUUGUACAAAUAUUCAUAUAUUCAGGGAUGGGUCCAUAAAACUUAUGGGUAUUAUCCCAACAUACAGAUGGCAAUACCAAUAAUCGAUAAUCGUUUAGAAAUUGCAGGAAAUUCCGAUAAUUUAGCUUUAAUGAUUCUAUGUAACAUCGAUAAUUGUCAUUUAGUGAAUGCUGUGGUGAGAAGAUAA